CUUUUGAGAUUGUUAUCUGCUGCUGCAGCAUCUCCUGCACCACAGUAGGAAAUGAGCCACUCAAAAAUGACAGCUGCUCGAGAAGGAUAUUUGAGGACAGAUCAGUUCAAUAAGGGAGGGGGAAAAAUCCAGCAAGAAAUGGACUUUUAGCUUGGCGGUUGCCAAAGUGUUUGGAACCUUGGGCGCUGCACUGACGUCCAGGACGCCUCGCAGCGAGGAUGGCCAAUUGCGAAUGGUGGGUGCCUGUUGCCACCUCGGCUGUAGCCCUGGUCCUAUAUGCUCUACUCUUACUGCUACUUUACAUCAUGCUCAGCAGGAAAAUAGACAGCCGCUCCUGCAGCAAGGAGGCGAGCAGCCGUCCUGCAGCACAGCCCCAGCAGCCGCCGACUUCUUCGGCCGGAGGGGAAGGGGCGCAACAACCGGCCUAUGCAGGUGAGGGGGGCAGCGAGACGUCUUCAGAGACCUCGGAGGAGUCGAUGAGCAGCCCCUCCGGCCCACAGGGCCCUCGGUCGCCUGAAAACCUCAAUUACACGUCCCUGCUCUUCUCGGGGAAGGGCCACGGGCCAGGCUCCACCAGGGACUACGAGAACAUGAAGACGGGCGCGGACUACGUCAACGUGGACCCAAAGAAGAAGAAAGUGGAUUUCUGGGCCUGCUCCAGCCCUGUCGCCUCCAAAUCCAUCGAGUACACGGAGGUGAAGCUGUGACUCCCGGGACACCCAUGGGGGCCGUGGGGGUGCUGUCAGGGUCCCACUGCCUCUGCCCCUCGGUGCCUGCAGCCCCCGGCAGCCAGGGAUUUCCCUUCCCACCACCCUGAUCAGACCUGGCACGGGCUGAAGCCUGCUGGUUUUUAUCCCUUGUGAUGCUGCAGCCCACCGAGAGAUUUGCUCGGUGCUGUACGUGUCGGCACCACCGCCCCCCAGGGCUGCGGAUGUGGGAUGGUGCGGGGCUGCCCCACUCCCUGCCGCAGGGAAAUGUUCCCUCCCCAGGCCAAAACGUGCCCUGCACUUGUACUUGAAGGCCGGUUUUCUCAUCUCCUGAAAGCAAAUGAAUUCCUGCUCCCCCUUGGGAUGUUCAGGGAGGAAAACACAUUUAUUUCCAGAACAUCCAUCUGAACUGACCAGCAUCUCCUCUGAAUCAUGCUUCCUUUGCUGAUUGCCGUCAUAAAAUCCUUUUAAAUACACUUCCUUCACCGGCUUCACCCUUCCUGCCCAAGCUCCGAUCCCU